GUGGUUGUUGUGGCAACGGUUAGUAGCGUUACCGUAGCAAACACGCGAACAAAUAAGUUGAUUUGUUUUGUGAACGAAGGGUAUGGUAAUCAGAACUUCAUGUUUUCGAGAUGGAAACCUAAUAUCGCUAAAAAAUGUGCGGAGCCACAAAAGGUUUAACCAUCAGUUUGCUUAUUUAUGAGAUGUUAGCUCCGUGCUAAAUUCGCCCCUUUUAAUAAUUUUAGCUAUGUGCUAAUGUAGCUUAGUGACGUUGCGCGGUGGUUGAUAACUAGUAGCUUUGGCUUUCGGGCGCUAGUCACUGCUUAUUGCUUCGUUGUUCAGCUACACUUGGUCCACUGUGAAACAAACAUGUCGGCUGUGAGCAGUCUUGUCCCUGCUCGGUUUCUCACCAUCAUGGCUCACCUUGUCAUCGUUAUCACUGUCUUUUGGUCAAGGGAAAAUAAUGUGAAGGCCUGUUUACCUUUGGAGUUUACCCAGGAACAGUAUGACACUGAGGACAAAAAGUUGGUGGUGGCACUAGGAGUCACUUUUGGUCUGUUUGCAAUAGAGCUCGCCGGUUUCUUUUCAGGAGUGUCCAUGUUUAACUCCUGCCAAAGUCUUCUUUCAACAGGAGUCCAUGCCAGUGCCUCAGUGGCUUUGCUUUUCUUUCUGUUUGAGCAGUGGGAGUGUGACAUCUACUGGUGGAUCCUUGCCAUUUGCAGGUUGGUGCGCCUCUGAGUUGUUGUUGCAAACUAAUUGUUCAGGUUUGAGUCAUCCUACCAGCCUUCGUGGAGGUUCUUCUGUUUAUAGCAGUGUUUGGACUGAAGAAAAAACCCUUAUAAAAACAAGUGUGGACAUCAAAAAGCUGAAAUUAGUGCGAACACGGACAAGUGUCCGUAUAAGAACAAGUGCAGCCGGCGAUGUGGAACUGAUGUAAAGGAUAAUGGUCUGAGAAAACUGAUUUAGACAUACAAGUUACAAAUCACUACUUUAAACAAGCUUUAGUGGAUUACAGGAGCUGUUUUUGUACUUUAAAAAAAAAAAAAAAAACAUAUUUGGAAUAAAAUCAGAAACAACUAC